AUGUCAACCGCCGUCUCAGCUCCAGGAAAAGUCCUUCUGGCAGGUGGUUAUCUAGUGUUGGACCGUACCUACACCGGACUUGUCUUUGGACUAAGUGCCCGAAUUCAUGUGCUGGUGCACGACAUCGCCUCCAGCUCUGGUGUGGAAAUAUCCGAGAUCAUCGUUCAUAGCCCGCAAUUUCAAGCGGCCUCGUGGAAUUACGGCUACAAUCUGGUGAAGGAGCGGGGAGGCGUUCAUGUCACUCAGUUGCAAGGCUACUCAGCAGAACCAUCCAGUCGAAAUCCAUUCGUGCAAACCGCGCUCGAAUACGCCUUGACCUACAUCUCCACCGUUCUUCCUGCUUCGCAAAAGAUCGAGCCAACCAAACUCACAAUCCUCGCGGACGACUCUUACUACUCAAACCCUCCACAAUCAACCGUUACCCCAGACUCUCGUUUCUCAGACUUCAACGUCACCCUCAAACAAGCUCACAAGACAGGACUAGGUUCCUCUGCUGCACUAGUGACCGCAUUCACGGGUGCACUACUCUCCCAUUACUUACCAAGAUCAUCCUUCGAUCUAGCCUCAACAGAAGGAAAGAACAUUUUACACAAUCUUGCCCAAGCUGCUCACUGUGCUGCUCAAGGCAAGGUAGGCUCAGGAUUCGAUGUCGCCGCCGCAGUCUACGGAACAUGUAUCUACCGCCGCUUCUCACCCUCUAUACUUUCCUCCCUAGGUGAACCAGGGAGUAAAGACUUUGCAUCACGAGUCAAGUCAGUCGUGGACAACACAUCAACGAUGAAGCACGAGAACUGGGACACCGAAAUCUCAUCCAACUCGGUUUCCGUUUCCAAGGGAUAUGCACUUGUGAUGUGCGAUGUUGACUGUGGCUCUGAAACGGUAGGAAUGGUCAAGAAGGUCUUGGAGUGGCGGAAGAAUGACCCAGACGGCUCGAAGAAGUUGUGGGAUGCGCUUCAGAUCAGUAAUGAAUCUUUAGCGUCAGCUUUGUCUUCUGAGAAUAAAGAAGAUGUCACAUCCGCGUUUUCCGCUGUUCGAGAGAAGAUUCGCGAGAUGGGCACAGCGUCGGGCGUACCAAUUGAACCAGCGGAGCAGACCGAGUUGAUCGAUGCUGUGACGGCUGCCGUACCUGGGGUAUUGGGUGGUGUUGUGCCUGGGGCUGGAGGAUACGAUGCCAUUGUGCUGCUGGCGCAAGACGACGAAGCUACGGUUGGCAAUAUCAACAACUUCUUGAAGAAAUGGAUGGCUGAGCAUCAAAAUGGGGUCGUGAAGCUUUUGGAGGCUAAGGGAGAACUAGAGGGUGCGAGGCUGGAAGAUGUUAAGGUUUAUGGUAAAGGCUUUGCUUCGUAA